AAUUGAAAUGUUGAUAUCGUCGUCUGCUGGCUGUCUAGUGUCUGCUCAGCUGUAGCUGUACUCAACUAGGGAAUGUUUAAACCCCUCAAAUAUUUUUUACCGACAUAAUAUUUAACAACAGAAGCAGUUGAUUCGUUUGCUACCAUGAGUUCCUUUAAGACAAUGAUAAAAUUUAGUAAACACUUCUCAAGAUCUGCCUCGACCGCUGCUGAUGCCAGUUCCACAUUUUACUGUUACAAUAGAAACCCAAGAAACCUUGAAAAACUUAGAAUAGCCCACAAACCAGUUGGAUGGUUUCUUGAGAAACCUGGGAAGACAUAUUGGAACAAGUUAGUGGUAAAGACAAACCGAAGUGCUCGCAGUGUGACGGGAGAAGUAGUCCACAACUCAGGCACUGUUGUAGUCUCAGCCUCAACCAAGGAAUGGGCCCUGGCCAAGCAGUUGUACAGCUUGGGUGACACAGCUGCAUAUGUUAACUUGGCUCGAGUCCUGGCUCAGAGAUGUCAUGAAACCGGAAUCUCUGAAGUGGCUUGCUUUAUAGAGCGCAAACCUGACACUAAGGUGGAGGCUUUUCUACAAGAGCUUGAAAAGGAGGGUGUUACAUUGAGUGAACCUGAGGAAUACGAACAUCCCAGACCCACACAGCUGGUCAAGCCUGAGAAGCCAUGGGAAGUUUAUUAGUUUCUGUUUUUGUAAGUUAAAUUUAUAGUUAAAUAAAGUAAAUUGUUUUGUAA